CGGCCUAACUUGAGACCGAAAAAUUUAUCAAUUUAUAGUGUUUAUUAAUUUAUCGAGUAUUAAUUUAUAUAGUUUAUAAUGUACUAACUAAAUUAUUGACAACAUGAUAAAUAAAUAAAAUUACUUAAAAUUAUGGAGAACAUGACAAGUAAACAAAAUCACUUAUCAAAUAUUAAUAGUAUUUUCUAACUCUGAUUUAUUAUGAUAUUGCAAUUAUGAAAAUACUACACAGUAGAUUGGACAACCAACAAUACUACAUGGUUUAUAAUGAUCUAUGAUGAACUGCAUCAUCUGAUCUGCCCUAUCAAAAUUCAUGUUUGCCGGAUUUACUUGCACCAUAUUAAAUAUCUUUUGUACGUUUUUCUUAUGUAAUUUGCGUAAUUGUUUAAUAAACCGUUUUCACCAGAAACUGAAACCCAUAAAUAGAAACUUGAAUUUUCUGAUAUAGAAUCAUUAAUUGACCCUCGGUCAAACCAUUCAACUAACCACUGGACCGAGAGAACUUUCACAUCAAAUAAUAAUAGUAUAGAUUUCUUAAAUAUUAUAUUACUAUAUAUAUGGUUAUCUAAGAAAUAAUAUAUCAUAAUUUAUUAAUUCUCAGUUAAAUCACUAGAUUAAUAGAGUUUCUACAUCAAAAAUAAUAGUAUUUUUUUAUAAAAAAUAAUAAUAGUAUAGAUUCCUUAAAUACUAUAGUAUUACUAUAUAUAUAUGUAGUUAUCUUUUUUUUUGUCAACAAUAUAUAUAUGGUUAUCUAUGAAAUAAUAUAUCACAAUUUAUCUUUGUUCGCAACAAAUCUUAUCAUAAUUUUAAAUUUUACUAGAUUCCAUUGUCCAAGUCCCUGAAAACCCCCAAUUUUUGUAUCAUCAGUAUAAACUCAUUACACAAAAGUCUUAGGUGGGUCACACAGAAAUUCGAAAAAGCAAAUUUGCUUUUAUUAUUGUCUCCUCCUUCUCUCCUCUGCUUUGAGACUGUGACUCCACUUCUCUCUCUCUUUCUCUCUUCUCUCAAGAUUGCUUCACAGUAGUACUGAAUGACUCUUCUUCUCUUCUAUUGCUUUUUAACCUCUCUUUCUCUUGCUCAUGGAGCUUCAACCAUUCACAUUUCUCCUACUCAGCCUCCCACAGAUUCUGAGAAAACAAUUUGGGAAAAUUCUACAAGGAAAUUUAUAGUGGCAGAAACGCCAUUAUAUGGACCUACUUACAAUAACCCUCAAGUGAUAGGAGAUGUUUCAGUGGCUUUAGCUGCUCAAAGAACAUUCAGAAAAGAUCCUCUCAAUGGUUUCCAGAUAUAUACUGGAGGAUGGAAUAUCAGCAGCCGGCAUUACUGGGCCUCUGUGGGCUAUACAGCUGUUCCUCUCUUUGCUGUUGCUGCUGUUUGGUUCCUUGGGUUUGGCAUCUGCUUAUUGGUUAUAUGCAUGUGUCACAUAUGCCAUAGAAGCAAAUCUAUUGGUUACUCAAGAGUUGCUUACAUUCUCUCCCUCAUCUUCCUCCUCUUCUUCACUCUUAUGGCAAUAAUUGGAUGUGUAAUGCUAUACUCGGGUCAGAUAAGGUACAACAAAAGCACAACAGAGACAUUAGCUUAUGUGAUGAGCCAAGCAGAUAGCACGGUUUCACAGCUUAAAGCUAUAUCAGAUUACCUUACAUCAGCAGAGCAGAUUAGAGUUCUUCAGGUGUCUUUACCCGCAAAUGUCCAAACUGAAAUCGAUCAGAUCGGAGCAAAACUGACUUCUUCAAUAACUACCAUCACUGACAAAGCCACUAGUAGCUCCAAUGACAUAAGAAAUUUCCUCAAUUCCGUGAGGGUGGCACUUAUAGUAGUUUCAAUUGUCAUGCUUAUUUUGACAUUUCUUGGUCUCGCUUCUUCAAUCUUUGGUAUGCAAGUCAUCGUUUACACCCUUGUGAUCCUUGGAUGGAUUUUGGUGGCUGGUACUUUCAUCUUGAGUGGAACUUUCCUUCUGCUACACAAUGCAACCGCAGACACAUGUGUGGCAAUGAGCGAAUGGGUAGAGAGACCAGCAAGCAACACGGCACUAGACGAGAUCUUGCCUUGUACAGACAACGCCACAGCUCAGGAAACUCUGAUGCGCAGCAAAGAGGUGACGGGACAGCUCGUUGAGCUCAUCAACACAGUCGUUUCUAACGUCUCCAACAUCAACUUCUCUCCGGUCUUUCCCCAAAUGUACUACAACCAGUCCGGACCCUUGCUUCCUCUGCUCUGCAAUCCCUUCAACCACGACCUCACCGAUCGCCCUUGCUCCCCUGGCGAGCUCGAUUUGAACAACGCUACUCAGGCGUGGAGCAGCUUCGUGUGCCAAGUAAACACGAACGGGACUUGCGUAACAACGGGGAGGCUAACGCCUGCGCUGUAUGGUCAGAUGGCCUCGUGCGUGAACAUCAGCACGGGGUUGAUCAACGACGCGCCGUUCUUGGUUCAGCUUCAGGAUUGUUCGUACGCGAAGCAGACGUUUAGAGACAUAACCAAUAACAACUGUCCAGGGCUCAGACGCUAUGGUUACUGGGUCUACGUGGGUCUGGCCAUGUUAUCGACGGCUGUGAUGCUCUCGCUUGUGUUCUGGAUCGUCUACAGUAGAGAGAGACAGCACCGGAAGGAAGCUUUGCCAGAAUUUUCAGACAGUAAGGAGAUCGUUAGAGUUAACUUCUGAUGGUAUUUGGACGUCAACGUUGUGAGAGAGAUGUAAAAUUAUUAGAUAUCAGUUCAAUGGAUGAUGUUCUUGUGCUUUUUCUUAUUACAAAGAUUUGUAAACACCAAACCUUUUGGGGUUUUUAAGGUUGUAUGGAUUUGUUAGACGCUA